AUACGACCUGCAGUGGUCUCGUCGAGGACUAAAUCGUACCGAAUGACCCGACGUCUUGGAUCCACGGCCGAUGAUCGACAGGGACAUCUGCCCUAUCUAUUUUCUUCUGCAGAAAGCUAAAUAAAUUGUCCUGCGGAAAUUAUCACCUCGCAUGCGCCGACCGUUGCCCAACUCCUUCCAGAUAUGGGGUGAUCUUCAAGUCAUUCUCAAGAUCCCUGUCUUGCAAUGUCUCAACAGGCUCAUCUGUGCCCGGACAAUCUUCGGGGAAUUCCCAGUCAGAUAAGACGGAGGAUCAUCUGUCAAUCUUCCGAUACCCCAUGACGAGUCGCACGUCAGCUGUGCCGAGACUGAUUUGGAGUUGUCGAACCAGACUCCUUCCAGCUGGGCUUCCAAUAGAAAGCUAUAUGCUCUCCCUGGCGACAUUCUAUAUAGAAGUCUCUCCUUCCUCUGAUUGACCUCUCCCCCUUCGACUAGUUCUUCCGUCUCUCUACAUCCAGUCUUUUCAACCCCCCCUUGACAGUUCUUUUAGCAAUUAAGUUGCUCAUCUAGACAUCAUGAAGGUGCCUUUCGUCCUACUGGCCUCCCUCUGUGCCAAUAGCGCCCUCACUACGGCUCUCCCCACCGAUCAAGCCUCCGCCGAAGAGGCCGUCCUCUUGCUCCGUAACGGCACUACCAAGGCUAUUGAAACGAAGGACAUUGAGUCACAUCUCAAUGGCAUCCCUAUCGGAGAGCCAGCUGAUAACCAUCAGUCUUUCACGUCCGAGGGAUUCAGCGGUCUCCAGAAGCGCGGUAAUGCCCAGUUCAUCAUCCCACUUCCUGACCAGGAAUUCCUUGGCUGGGAUAUCGCCAUGUCCUCCAUCAUCCACGCCAAUGAGCGCGACGCGACAGUUGCCAUCGCUGCAGGUCAGAGCAUUGCCAACAGUGUCUCCGUCAGUGCAUCGGUCUCCGCUACCGUCGAUAAAUGGCUCCAGUUUGGUGUCAGUACCGACUACUCCCAAACAACAACCAACACCUUGACCGGCACGGCCACUCAGACAAUUCCUAAGGGCAAGUAUGGGGCCUUCGUCAGUAACCCGAACACCCACCGGAGAAGUGGCUAUGUUUUCAGCGGUACCCCUGGUAAUGCUCAGUACGAGUACUUCAAGGCUGAUUCUUUCACCCCCAAGAAGGUCAGCUACCAGUCGGCCGAGCUGAACUGGGUUGAGGGUGUGAUCACUACUUGUCUGGGAGACACCUACCCCUUGAAGAUGUGCAAUGGUGACGGUGUGCUGAAAUAAAUCGCUCGCUGGGUCGGCAAGUUUCCUUGUCGUUCAGAUCAUUUGCUGUUGGAAGGAUAUCUUCAAAGAUAUCGGCUUCAGUUGCGAGUCAAUGUGCUGCUGGGCAUGCAACACAAUUAUCCAUGUCAACUCUUUUUGUAUGUAUACUUAUCUCUACAUAGAUUUCUUAUAUUGUUGGCUUUGUGGUGAAGCUUGGGAAAGAAAUAUGAUACAGAACUGUCACCUCUUGGCUUCGUUCGAACGAGUAUAGAGUAGCUAUGUAAUGAGUAUUGUAACGGGGGCGAUCAUUGUACAUCAGCCACUGGCAUGUUCCUCCAGGCGCGAUAAAUC